AUGAUCACGUGCGAUUGUCAGCGAAAGAAAGAAGAGGUGAGAUGCAAUGCUCGGGCGAAUAUGCCUGAGCCACCGGGUCGACAGACAUCCCUCAAAUGCGACGAGGAGUGCGCCAGGCUGGAGAGGAACCGGAACCUGGCACUUGCCUUACAUAUCUCGGACGACCACACUGAUGAGCAUGUUCCCUAUUCCACCACGACUCUCAAGAUGUAUCUGGAAGAUGUGGCAUGGGCUCAUAAGCAGGAGGACGUUUUAAGGCUCUUUGCUGCGGACGACACCGUGAAGCGUUAUCGGUUCCCGCCAAUGAAGAGCCGACAACGAGCGUUCAUCCACAGCAUUGCCGAAGAUUUCGGGUUCGAUGGAGAGAGUUUGGAUCCUGAGCCACACCGACACGUCGUAUUAUUCAAGACGCCGAAAUUUGUUGCGGCUCCCAUGAAGACUUUGGCACAAGCCGCCCGGAUCAAACGAGGACAGUUGAAUGUGUCUGCUCCAGUCCAUUCCACAGCGGAGCGAAAAGCUGAUGAGGUCAAGCACGAAUACAAUGGGUUACUCUUACUGAAACCCAAGUUUGCGUUGACUGAAGACGAAGUGCGGCCGGUGGUGAAAAAGGCGGCCCCCACGACGGAAUUUGAUAUCAUCUUCCUGCCCAACGACGAAGGUGUCGCCCUCAUCCCAUCUAUGUCUUGGGAUACGUCUGAACAAGUGGUAACGAUGCUGACGAGCUUGCAACCUACGAUCGCUGGUGAGGUUGGCAAGCAUAACCUAGCAAGCUCGGUGGUGCUCUGUCAAUUUGACACAUCCGGACCUGGACCGAUAGUGCUUGAGCAGCAAGGUAAACCGAGCACGACGGCCACGAACGGGUGGUCACAGGUGGCAGCGAGGAAAGCCGCACCAGCUCAAGCACCUCAGGUCAAGCCGGUUGGGCAGAGGCCAGUCUAUACGGUCCUGGGCAGUCGACUAGCCGAAGCCAGAAGAAAGAAGCAGGAGAAUGAAGAGAAACUACGGCAGAAGGCUCAGGAGCAGGAAGUGGUGGAUGAUUGGGAGCAGGAGGUUGAGCGGGAAGAACAUGAUGAGGCGGACAGGAGAGCCAGUCAGACUAGUGUGACCAGUCAUGGUGCUGGUGCUGGUGAUGAGAUUGAUACAGUGGAGGAAUAG